CUCUGAUUGGUGCUGUACGAGAGCGCGCAAAUCCCCUUCAACUUUUAUCCUGAUGGCGGCUUCGAGUAUGUUUUUGCCAGUUUGAAGUGUCAGUUGAAAAGAUAUUAUUGUUCGUGUGCCAGUUGAAAUACCUGUCACUCUCGUGUCACAUUUAUUAGUGAUAACAUUUUUAGUGGCAGUGUCAGAAACAAUUGUUUCUGAGUUUCGAAGUGACGAGUUACGCUUGUUUUACCGGUAAUUAUGAAAGGUGUUAUAUUGUAUAUUGUUGAUGCUAUUGUGUUGACGCCAGUUCGUGGUUUUUGAUCACUAUACCAGAAAAUGUAGAAUUUUCGUCAAAUUGAAGGAUUGGCGCUAGUAAAAUCUGUUGGAAAGUACAAGCGUGCGAAUAAUCAAGCUGUAAUUUGUGACCUAUAAAGUGAGCAUCAGUUGACAUUACCUGCAUGUUAAGAGCAUACCUGCUAGUAACAAUUAUACCAUUGUGGAUUUAUAGGAUCAAAAUGUAGACUGAAGGACUAUAUCAUUCCGGUAAAUUAUAUAUCAGUGAAUAUAUUACUUACCUGUUGUUCCAUUGCUGUCACAUACAAGAUAAUUAGAAAUAAUUGAUGGAUGAGAAAAAAAAUAUUAAUGAUCUUCCUGAUGAGAUUCUGGUGGAAAUUUUUUCGUAUCUAAGCGUUGAAGAUCUUGUUCUUCAGGUCAGGCAUGUAAGCAACAGGUGGGGAGAGGUUGUUAAGGAUAGUAGGCUUUGGAAGCAUUUAACAUACCGCCCAGCAUAUCGCUAUACUGAGAGCCAUAUCAUUGAUUUUUUGAAGCAAGCACCUAACCUUCGGUGGUUUGUUCCUCAGUAUCGGUACACAACUGGACGGCUAUUGGAAGCUGUAAUAAAAUAUUGCAAGAAUAUUAGAGAACUAGAAUUAUGUAUCAGUAAAUCAGAUUACUGUUUGGUAGAGAAACUGGUUUUGGAAUGUCGUAAUGUAGAGUAUUUAUCUAUAAUCGGUGAUGACUUUGCAGAAACCAAUGCUCUACAGAUUAUUAGUAAAUGCACAAAAUUGAAGAGUUUGAGGUUAAUAGGGUAUGUGACUACUCAGAAGCGAAAUAUUUUUGUAGAUAUUUCUCGAGGAUGCCCUUCGCUUGAGAGACUAGAUCUUAGAUACCUCACACAUUACAAUAAUGAGGAUUUGGAGAGGUUAUUGAAGCAAAAGAAGAAUACUAUAAUUUCUUUAUAUUUAUAUUGUUGCAAUGAAGGGCAAAAAUGUUCUUUACCUGUAAUAUUUGAAUCUUGCCCAAGGUUGCAGUUACUGCAUGUAAAUGGACAUGGGGGAGGUCCUUAUGCUGAUGACUUUGCAUCUUUUAAGAACAUGCGCAAUCUGAAAACUCUCUCAAUGUUAGAUUUUAGAUGCUCCAAUGUGAACUCGGUGAGUGAGUAUUUUGAGACAGGCUCUGUAUAUAAUCUAGUAAAUCUUGAUUUAAGCAGCUUUGAGAAUUUUGGAAAGCGACUGGCUCAAGCUAUUUUUACAAAAUGCUCCAAUUUACAAGAUUUAAAUCUUGGAGAUUGUCGAAAAUUGACAGAUGAAUGUUUGGAGUCUAUUGGGAACCUAAGAAAUCUAGAAAAUCUUCAUAUGGAUGGUUGUGAGGCCAUUACUGAUAAUGGUGUAACUUACAUAGUUAGAUGCACUAAGUUAAAAUAUUUAAAUUUAAAUGAUUGUGACAAGAUUACCAAUGAAAGCUUUCUGUUGUGCUGCAUGCAUUUAAAAAUGUUAAGAGAACUGCAAAUGAAUGCUUGUAAAGUUGAGUCAAAUUCCUUGUUACUGAUCCCAGAGGAACUGAAGAAUUUACGUACUCUAAGUAUUCACAUGAAAGGUUUGAAAAGAAGAGUUAUUCGAAUAAUGAAAGAGACCAUGCCAAAGUUACACAUUCAGUUGGAGCAAGAUUAAUAAGGAUUCCAUGAAAAGUUCUUGUAUUAAUGUAAACUUAUUGAAUUUUAAAUGUUCGUGACUGUAUGUGAGCAAGCAAAGUGUCUCUCUUCAGCAUUCACUUUUGGUUUAAGUGAAUUUGGCGUAUUGUUGUCAACUUAAGCAACUAGUUUAUAAGUUAGUUAAGAACAUACAAAACGUAUAUUCACAUCUUUUCCAAAAAUAUGAUAUUGUGAACAGUGUUGAUUUUAGGAAAUUUUCCUGUUUGUAUCCACCAUUUUCAGUUGGCAAGAACAAUUUGUGUAGAGCAAGAACUCUCUAUAUUUUUUAGUUUUUAUCUGGAUUCUUGUUCAUUGGCACAAUAUUGCAUCUGCAAAUUUUGUAUCCUCAAUUAACUCUUUAAGUGGUAACACAAAAUGUAUUUCUUUAUAGGUAACACUGGUCUCUCAGACCCUGCAAAGUUUUUUGAGCUAUUUGUGCAUUAUUCAAUGUUCUUAUUGAAUGUACUUGUGUAACUAUUAACAUGUAUAUUUGAAUCCAAAUUUUGUAAUAAAUUUUUUUAACAUUGAAAUUAAAUUGUUUCAAACGUACAACAGUAAGUACGGUAAGAAAAAUUACAGAGCAAUUUUAUCACAUCAAAAGAGACUCCCAAAUCAUGCAUAGUUCAGCGUUCAAAGUCACUUUUCAACAAAUGUUUUAAAAAAAUUAAUGUUAUGUUACGCUAAUUGAAUACCCUCCUGCCCCUAGGCAAAGCAGAAUAAUGCUGCCUCACCCUACCCCCCUUCUUUGGCAUUAUUACGUAACUUAUGGAUGACUUCUAUAGCCAAAUGAACAAAGAGAGUGGGUAGAAAAGACAGUGGGUAGGGUCUGAGAAAUUGGUUUACCACUUAAGAGUUAAGAGAAUUUAGUGUUGCUGUGUAUCUUAAAAUUCCAUGGUUUUGUGUAAUGCAGAUGUUGUGUAUUGUAUUCAAAUGACAAUGUCACAUCUUUCUUAAAGAUGCAAUUAAUACUAAAAAAAACACAAGUAAUUUCCAUGUGAUGGCGGUGUAUUCUUGAAAAAAUUUACAUUGUAUUAAUGUCUCUUAAAUAAACUUUUCAAAAAUUUUUCUUCUUUUGAGUUUGUGUAUUUAUAAAGAAUCAAACCUUCAGAGAGU